UUUUAUAGCUUUUUGUUUAGUUAUCGAUAGGUAAGCGAAACAGCUGACCGGCUUGCAUUUGUUUUGUUCGCAACUACGAACUAUUUCUGCAAAAUGGAUUUCCAGCGAAACGAUGCUAUGCUAAUGGAAAUUCUGCAGAACCGGAAGUCAAUCACCGGAUUCCUGGACACAAUUUUCGGCUUCCUUCGGCGAAAUACUGAUUUUUAUCACACAAAACGCGAUGAAUCGGAUAAAAUAGGAUUCCCUAAGGGCAUGAGAGAUCAGAUUCUAUAUGGAGCCAUGCAGCGCUAUGAUCCGGAUUGUUUGCUUCAAACGAUGACUGCUGAAGAUGGUGCCACAGGAGACGAUGGUGCAGUUGCUCCGCCCGCCAUCGAAGAAGUAACCAUAGAAAGUGAAGAUCUGAUAAGUACGAAAGAUACAAUUCUCAACGAGAAUCCCCAACCACAAAAAACAAUAGAUGAGCAAACAUUCUCCGCCAGCGACUAUAAAAAUGGAGCUGUGUUCGAAAACCAUUGCUGGUCACAGACCCUCAAAGAUGUGGAGUUGCAAGUUCGGCUACCUAAGGACCUUCAAGCGGCAAAGAAGCUUAACAUUCUAAUCAAAGCCCAACAAAUCAAAGUAAGCAGUAAGCUAAAUACCCAGAUAAUAAUCCUCGAGGGAAACCUGAGUCAGCGUAUCAAACACAACGAGGCGGUGUGGACUAUAGACCAAAACCGGUUAAUCAUAAGUUGUGACAAGUCCAAAGAGCUCUGGUGGGAACGACUCUUUGAAGGCGAUCCAGAAAUAGAUGCCAAGAAGAUAGAUUGCGAGCGAUAUAUUGACGAAUUACCGGAGGAUACACAAGCCACAAUUGAAAAACUCAGGUUCCAGCAACUGGCAGCAGAUAAGGCACAAAGUGAAAUUCAGUCCUCGAACCCCGAACAAAAUAAAACCUUAGAUCGUUUAAGAAGUGCCUGGGAUGCUGAAGGUUCCCCAUUUAAAGGUCAGCCCUUUGAUCCAUCUAUUGUGAGAAUGAGUUAA